AUGGACACGCAAUUCUUUGUAUCCGCACCGCCUCCGACGGAUUAUAUACAAUCUUCUCAUCACAUGUUCUUCUCUUAUCUUCCAGAGAAUGUAUCUUUCCAGUCGGGCUAUCUUGGUAUAACACGCACGACUGUUUCAGGCACGCUUCACGUUCGGUUCCCGAAAUCAAUAGAAGCGAAAUCGAUCAGUUUGAAAUUUGUCGGCAGAGAAGUAGUCGAAAUGUCAGACAUGAAAAAGGCACGCGGGGAAAAGAUUAUACUAGAUAAAUCUACAUAUCUGUGGCGAUCAGAUAGUGGUGUUGGACAUCAAUUAAUCACAGAUUUGGAUCUCCCGUUUGAAUUUGCCGUGCCAAACGAUGCGGUCGAGAGCUUUAACGGAAGAUUUGGCAGCGUGACGUAUACACUACAAGCAACAGUGAACACCAAACCGAAAAAACAUAAUACAUAUUGCGAAGUAAUAGUACCACUGUGGAGAUGGACGAGACCGACCGAAGACGAUUUGCGUCCGCUGGUCAUAAAGUCUUCGCCAAAAAAGGCAAGAAAGGUGCCUCUUUCAUGGCAGGCUAUAUUACCACAAACGUUUUUCGAUAUCAAUUCAGAGAUAUUAGCCAGACUGCGAUUCGUAGCCCACAUUCCUUCACUGAGAAUACGCAAGAUCACUGCCGCACUCAAAACGGUUACUUCUUAUGCUCUCGAAGAUCGGUCUGUGAUGCCAGUCCAAAAGUCAAAACAGCAGGCCAAGCACAUAAUAUACGGAGAUGAAAUACUGACAACUUCCAUGGGGCAAGAGACGGUAUUUGAAGCUAGCGUUGGGGUAAAGAUACCUGCUUCCGUUCUGCCCACAAUCAAGACCAAAUUUAUCACAGUGACGAAUCAGCUGCAGAUUAAAGUAAUGUUUGAGAGAUCCAAGCAUCAUGUGCUCAUUGUAAAGGACAUUUUUAUCGGGCGUAGAUGGAUGGGAGACAGCGAGCUUGAAAGAUUGGAUAAUGACUUCAAGGAAGGCGAAGAGGACGAAUCGUAG